AUGGGAAAUUGUAGGGAAGAAGAGGAUGAGUUGGUUAUUCGGAAAAAUUUUUUUCUUGGCAUAGGCUUUGGAAGCAAUGAAGCUAAGUCUGCGAAAAUCACCGGCAAAUUGGAUACAACGAAUUUUGAAGGAAAACAAGAAGAAUGGAAUGCCCGGCUGAUUGCUGAGCAGCUUCGAAGUUUAGCCGAUAAUUUUGAAGUUAAAUUUCAGAAAGUUUACAAAGAUCGGGGAAAAAGUAGUGCUUCGCUUUUCUCCAGUUUCACGAAGUAUGUUAUCAACAUUCCUAUUGGACGAGUGGCCGGUAUUGUUUAA